GAUACGCGGUACUCGCAAGAUCGUCUUCGCCGCCUCUCGCCAGUCGCCGGAAUUGUUAUCGCGAAUAUUCCAAGUUCAAAUUGUUAUUGCAAUUGUGCGUGCGUCGAUCUUCUCGCUCGAUAUUGCGAUACAACCGACACAAAAAGCAGCUUGAUUGUGAUAUAACGUCGGCAUAUCUGAAGCUGUUAACCCUGAUGAAAUCGUAGUGCGUGCAAGAUGAAGAGGUGUGAAGUAUAAUUAUUGCGCGGGCGCGGGUCAAUAAUUCGUGCCACGUUGCCUGGCGACGGUAUUCCUACUCUGAACCUCUGGAACAACCGGCGCGAAGUGCUCCUCUCUUCCUUCUCCAGCUGUCCAGACUCCAGACAGAAGCCGACCAGCCUACCACACAGCGCUACCGAGAGCGAAGACGAAGAUCUUGUCUUCCAACUUCGGCGGCUGACUCCUCACAGUGUCAUCAGUGUCCGUUCGUGAAGAGAACCAGAACUGGAAGCGGUGGUAUGUGGAGAAAAAAAGAUGAGCCGACGAAAGAUGCGUCGCCAAACGAUGGACCACUUAUAAAAAAUUUCAUGAAAUUCGUGUCUGAACGUUGGUUAUCAUUGAAAUUGUCAUUUAAUAACAAUUUCGAAAGACUAUUUGGCUUUAAAGUAAACGAUUUGUCGAGUUUAGAGAAAUUUACUCAGUUCCUAUAUCGUCCGACGGAUCCAGCCAGUCUAGGAGUAGCCAGAGCUUUAUUUGGUCUGUGCAUGGUGAUAGACGUCGUCGAGGAGAGAGGAUUCGCAGACGUCGACAUAAAAUGGGGAGAUCCGUGGGACUGUCACUUCCCAUUGAUCCACGGGAUGAAAUCACCAUCGCUGCCGUGGAUGAUAAUGAUAUACACGGUGAUGUGGAUAGGUGCCUUCGGAAUCGCGCUCGGUCUGCAUUUCAAGAUCGCGUGCGCCUGUUUCGUGUUGCCUUAUUGGUAUAUCUUCUUGCUAGAAAAGAGCUACUGGAACAAUCAUACCUAUCUCUACGGCAUCGUCGCCACUUUGUUCUGGGGAACGGAAGCAAACAAAUAUUUUGCGUUAGAUGCAAGUAAUGCUACACGAGAUGGGGACUCCGUGCCGUACUGGAAUUACUUUAUCUUGAAAUUUCAAUUCUUCGCGCUUUACUUCUUGGCCGGCUUGAAGAAGUCCGGCAGAGAAUGGCUCGAAGGUUACUCUAUGAUGAAUCUGUCUAGACACUGGGUGUUUUAUCCAUUUAAAAUAUUUCUGUCUACUGAACAGAUCGACUUUCUAAUCGUCCAUUGGUUCGGCUUUAUCUUCGAUCUGUCCGUCGGAUUUUGGAUGCUGCUCGAGAAAACACGUAUACCCUCCAUGGUAUUCUGCACAGCUUUUCAUUUUAUGAACUCAAGACUAUUUAGCAUAGGAAUGUUUCCAUAUGUGUGCCUGACAACAAUGCCACUCUUUUGUCGCGUAGACUGGCCACGUAGAUUAGGAUUGUACUUUAGACGAAAGCAAAAGAUUUUAUCGGUUAAUGCAAAUUUAAUCGACGCAAAUAAUGAAAGAGAGACUGAUAGUCAAGCAGAAGAAUCUAUGAAGCCCAACUGCUUAGUAUUGCCUUCAAAUGAGAUCUCGUAUAAUGAAGCGAUACAUAAAGAGAAAGCAACGAGCGAGGGAAAAAAUGAAAAUUAUUCUGUUAAAUCAAAAUCUGAAAAGAAAACCGACAAAAAAGAUAACGAUACACAAUUAUCUAACAAUUCAAUUAAGCCUAAUGAAAAAGAAACAACAAGUAUUUAUAAAAAGGUUCAGAUAACUCGGCAAUCGUCGAAAGCUACGAGGAAACAAAAAUUUGUAGCGUCGCUAUUGCUGUGCCAUGUUGUAUUGCAGUUUUUUCUGCCGUACUCGCAUUUCAUAUCGAAGGGCUAUAACAAUUGGGUACCUGGUCUAUAUGGUUAUUCCUGGGACAUGAUGGUUCAUGCCUGGGACACUAUACUCGUAGUGAUCAAAGUGCACGAUAACGCGAACAACGAGAUACGAUAUUUAGAUCCUGACGCAUGGGUGCAAGGAGAUCGAUGGCUGAAGCACGGAGACAUGGCGAUACAAUAUUCGCAAUGCUUAAAGGAUAAUCUGAUGCAUCGAAAAGAGAAAGGAUUGAGGAUCAAUCAUCAGUCUGAGGAUAAAGAAAAGUGGACAAAACUAUCUACGAAUUUAAGCAUUUACAUGGACGUGUGGUGUUCGCUAAAUGGCAGAUUUCAACAGAGAAUAUUUGACCCGAACGUCGAUAUGCUGACAGUCGACUGGCAUCCAUUUAAGCCCGUUUCGUUCCUGAUGCCGUUACUCACGCAGUAUAAUUCGUAUCGACAUAAAAUGGAUGAAAUUGAGCAGCAUGUAUUCACUUGGUCCAAUUACACGGAUGUGUUGUUCGUGGCCGAUUUUCCAGGAAUGUACUUGGAAAAUUACAUAUCCACCGAUUUCGCGAACGUUUCUUUAACGGUGCUGGAAGGUGAAGUAACUUUCAGUGAAGAAAAAUCGAUGGAUGUGAUCACUGUGUCAAAGAAAAAAUCAAUUCCUGUCGAAACAGGGAGGUUUCAUCGAAUAAAGACUAUGAGUUCUUAUCCUGCAUGCUACAUGUACACUUAUACGAAUCAAACGAAACAAUUGGAUAGCGAAAGAAGAGAACCUCCUCCAGUAAUAGAAGACACGCCACGAUUAUUAAAAGAAAUUAAUUAUAAGAUUCUUGCAUGGAUAAGAACAUUCGUCCAUAUAAUAAAUGCCUUCUUAAACUUGGUAUAUGACGUUCCUAUGGUACGACGAGUGCGUAUUAAUAAUGAAUGAAAAAAAAAUAAAAUUACAUCUUUACUUGUCUCAA